AUGUUAAGACUCAGAUGCUGCGAGGUCGCGCCAUCUCAGCCCCUUUUCGCUGAGAACAAAUGGGUUCUUCUCGAUGGCAGCUGGCCAGUUCAGGCUUACUUCGCGAUCAACAAGACUCCACUCGAACCAAGACGCAAAUUGCAUCAUGGUAAAUAUCUACCCAUCGAUGUCACGCAUUGCAUCAGUUCCGAGACCAACAAACUUGUUGUAAGAAUCAACCGAUCCAAGUAUGACAAAUCGCCUUUCAACUACGCAGUUGCUGUCGAAGUCGUCGGCUUCGCCUCUCGCAGCGAUAUCAGAGAGGCUUGCAUGAAGCGUCUUGUUCCUCCUGAACAAAUUCUGGAUUCAAUCAAGAAAUCCCUGACCAGCAGUGAUGACGAUCUCAUCAUACAGUCAAAUUUGACCUUACACCUUUACGAACCCUUCUCCAACGCCAGAAUUUUUGACUUGCCAGUUCGCGGUUUCGAUUGCCUGCACAAGCAAGCUUUCGAUCUCGACGUUUUCUUGGACACUCGACUUGAACAACAGUCUCAACCUCGCAAGGCUCGCAUUAGUAAGGUCGACGCAUGGAAAUGUCCAAUCUGCAAGGCCGACUGUAGGCCACAAAGCUUGGUAGUCGAUGGAUUCCUAAUGGCUGUUCGUGACUCCCUCGCAGCCAGAAACAUGCUAAAGACGCGUGCUAUCAACAUCGAAAGUGAUGGCUCUUGGACACCUGUACAAGAAGCUCAUGACGAUGAAGAGACAGAUGAGGAGACAGCUCCAGCGCCCAAGAAGCCCAUUGAAGUCAUUCUCCUUGACGAUUAA